AUGGCAGGAGUAGAGAACAAAGGAUGUCAUAAUGAGACUUACUGUGCUCAGAGACACAAGCAGCAGGAGGGAGGAUAUGUCUCUAAGCCUGAGAUAGUUUUAGGCAAGAUUAGCAUGUCCGGGAGAGAGGAAAUAUCUCAAGGUGACCCUAAGAUGCAAGAGUCCAGGAAGUCUGACGCUGAGGAGGAACGGCACAAAAGUGACCUCCGAAACAACCAGUUGCUCGUGCUGUCCUGGAGAAGUCUCUGGCCACAUGCCAUCCCAGGCCAAGGUCUCCGCAGCAUCAACGCUUCAGGAAACCCGUUGCUCGCGUACCACUGCGGAAACCUCUGGCUGCUGAAGUGGCAACAGAAGACCAUCCGGGGCAUAGAGAAAGAGGGGCAUAGAGAAGAAGGAAGAGGAGAAGGAGGAAGGGAAGAAGUUGAAGAAGGAGAAAUGAGAGAAGAAGAUAGAUAUACCAGUGUAGGAAGGCAAGGAGGACAGAAAACAAGAAUAGAAACGGAGGCGAAAAACGCAUGGGAAGAGGACGAGAGGGAUGGAAAAGAGGGAACAGGGAAGAUACGAACGAGAAGAAGGAGAGAGAAGAGAGAAGGCUGGACUCAAGACACGAGAGAGACGUCACAGGUCCUCACCACAGAGGACUGUCCUUCUCCUGGGAGUUCCUACUCGGGAUGUUAUCUCUGUGCCGCUUCCUUAAUGAUAGUAAACGACACAGGAAGCGGACCUUGCAGGCAUUUCAUCCUGACGUGUUCGGUCUCGGGCGAACCCAAGCCGCAUAUUGAGUGGGAUAUCCCCCCCCACUUGAUCCUCCUGCACCACGACAUCGAUAACCUCUCCGCCUCCCACAUCACCUCCACCGCCAGGUUUGUGCUGAACAUGACCGAGAUCGUCAGGGCACGCCACUUGUCACCGCUGGCGUGCGUCGCGUCCAACGAGAUGUAUGUCAGCGUCGAGAAAAUCAAUAUCGACGUUGACCUACACCUCCCCAGAAGCCCCGUCGUCUGUCUGGCCGAAUACAUCAACUCGUCGCCAACCAUCCUUUACUUCGAGACGCAAGCCGCGGCGCCCUUUAACGUCACCUGGUGGUUCUACCCUUGCUUUGGGAUCCAUCCGCGUGAGGUCAAGAUGCCGCUGUACACUCACCCGAUGUCCCCGGGUUCUUCGUCGUUACUUCAAGUUCCAAGACACGCCCCCUACCGGCCAUUACGAGAUCCUCCUCAGCAACGCGUACGGCAACAGCACCAAGAAGAGGUACAUCAGCAACCGGCCCCCGACUUCCCCCUCCUGCCAGGAUACGGAAGCCGUCGCCAUUCACGUCGAGGAGCAGACCCUACCCCCCGUCUCCCAGAUGCCCCGUACCACUAG